AUGGAGAUGGUGGCAACAGACAUAAUCCUGGCAUUUGCUGACGAUGUUGUGAUCCUUGGUGACACCCAGGAGCAAUCUCCUUUUGCAAGAGGCAUCUGGAGGGAUAUAGUCUCCAUCAGCUCAGGAGCUGAAGAAAUAGAAGGUCACCUGCAACAAAAUCAAGAUGAACUAUAUCAAGCUGUGAAAACGAGAAGCAAGUUGUGUGUGGGAAGAAUCAUAUGGGGAAGAAAUAAAACACUAAAUGGAUUAGGUGUUGAAAACGGUGUGCAAAAUGGUACAAAAGCAAUAGCAAAAACACGGGUAACAGUUUUAUCGCUUAAUGAUUCAAAGGAAACAUUCCUCAAAGUGACAAGAUCUCUCUGCUAUUCAGCUAAAAACAGAGAAGUGAAAUCUUGUCACAUCAGUCAAGAUGUCAUAAAUGAAAUGCUAACUGAAGAGACCGGUUUACCAGAACCCGAGCUUGCAUUGUAUUGUGGAGAAGUAUGUUGCACAUACGGGUUCUUACCAUGGCAUAUACGAAUCACAGAGUUUCUGAGGUUACGAAGCCAUCACAACAUCACAGUAAGAGAAUUUGUGAGAUUGUUACAAACUUAUGGUAAAUGUGAACAGAGGUUUGGAAAGUGAUUAAUAAAGACAGUGCAUCAAGUGAAGAGUGGGGAAAUCCAUUCCAUUUCUGUGUUCUUUAUCAUUAUUAUUAUAAUUAUUAUGGAAAUGAACCUGUUUGUUGUUGUUUUUUUUGUUCAUGUGAUGUUAUCUGACAAGUCAUAUUUAUUGUUAAAUCACAGAUGAUUUUAAUGCCAGUAUGUAAUUAUACAUAUAUGAUCACUGAGAAAAAUAUUACUAGCCAAAUGUUUGCCAGUGGCUUAUAAGUAAUCAUGAGAUGUAUGUACUUUCUAGUAGUUGUAUAUGUUUUAUAGAGUGCCUUAGUAGCUGCAUACUUCACGAAGUGUCCCGGGCUGAUACGACAGUUUUUUUAAAAAAUAUUUAUUUAUAGUGCUCUUAUUCCGCAUGUAAUUCUUUUACUGAAGUGAAGGGAGUGUUGGUUGAUAUUUAUUUACUAAUAUAAGGGGGGUUCAGGGAGGACAGAAAGGCUGUAUUAGUCACUGAACAGCUAAAAAUUAAAAAUAUUCCAGGAUUUUUGUGGUGCUUAUCAACUGAUCUUCCAGUAUUUAAGUACAUAUCGGAUGUAAAAUGGAUUUAUGAUGAUGA